UAAAUAACAAAUUUUGUUAUGCACUUGCGAGAGAAAAUCAAAAGUAAACUAAUUUUACCUAAUGUUUAGGUAAAGCAGUUCAAUAAUAUUCUUUAAGAAGUUUUAGUAAUCAUGUGUUGAGAGUAUUAUAAAAGUUUUUUUCCGAACAAUUCAACGAGUAAUACAUUUCCUUCGUUUAAAGCGAUUCUUUUGGAGUGAAGCGAUUCCUGUAAAGUACCUAUAGAUUCAAUUCUGGGGUCGUUCAAUAAAAACAUUAAAAUGAGUUCAUUUUUGCGAGGAUCAACGAACUAUGUUUGGUGCACUACCAGUGUCCUGGGGAAAGGUGCUACCGGGGCAGUAUUCCAAGGUGUCAACAAACACAACGGUGAACCAGUGGCCGUGAAGACGUUCAACCAGCUGAGUCAUAUGAGACCACAAGAUGUACAAAUGCGAGAAUUUGAAGUGCUGCGCAAAGUCAAGCACAACAACAUUGUCAAAUUAUUGGAUAUUGAAGAUGACCAGGAAGGGCGCGGAAAGGUGAUCGUGAUGGAAUUGUGCACUGGAGGAAGUUUAUUCAAUAUUCUAGACGAUCCGGAAAAUACGUAUGGACUGCCACAGAGAGAAUUCUUGUUGGUGCUGGAACAUCUGUCCGCCGGAAUGAAACAUCUGAGAGAUAACAAUUUGGUGCAUAGAGAUUUGAAGCCGGGCAACAUAAUGAAGUAUAUUUCCGAAGACGGUCAAACGAUCUACAAGUUGACCGAUUUCGGUGCAGCCCGUGAAUUAGAGGAAAAUCAGCAGUUUGUUUCCCUUUACGGAACAGAGGAAUACCUCCACCCGGACAUGUACGAACGAGCCGUAUUGAGGAAAUCAAUCAAUCGGAGCUUUACAGCCAACGUGGACCUAUGGUCCAUCGGAGUAACACUGUACCAUGUUGCUACUGGAAAUCUUCCAUUCCGUCCCUACGGGGGACGAAAAAAUAAGGAAACUAUGCAUCAUAUUACGACUAAGAAAGCACCUGGCGUCAUUGCCGGCACGCAAACAAGCGAAAAUGGACCAAUCGAAUGGGCCCGGCAUCUGCCUCCACAUUGCCAACUAAAGGCUGGCUUAAAGUUCCUUGUGACUCCACUGUUGGCCGGCCUGCUAGAGGAAAAUCAAAAACGCAUGUGGUCUUUUGAUCGUUUUUUCUACGAGGUACAACAUAUUCUGAACAAAAAAGUUUUGCACGUUUUCUACACCAAUCAAGCUACUUCCAUUGAGGUGUACAUGGAUCCAGAGGAGAGUUUCUUUAACCUAAAGGAGCACAUCCUGGUGCAGACCAAAGUCCCUCAUAAUGCGCAGUUACUGCUGCUCGAUUCAGAGCGAUUUGAGUUGAAGGUUGGCCCUAACAGCAGCGCACGCGGAUAUCCCACAACCGAGACAGACAGCCCGGUAAUGCUGUUCAACAUCGAAAACAACAACGUUACACUCCCAGGUGAAUUGGAUCUGCCCAAGUUUCCGUCGUUUCCGAGUGGAGUGUCCGUGGAGAAUGAUGCGAGCAUGGCCAAGAUCGCAUGCAGCGUAGGACACGAAUGCAAACGACGUGUGGAGAAUUUUUCCAUGUUGGACACGCUGAUGAACAAAGCGGUUGAGCAGUUUGCAGGGCUACUGAAAAAUCAGUUGAUCAAAUUGUUCGAACGUGUCAAACACCAAGAAGACGUUAGUGGCUCUAUUUGGGAGAUUUCUGAUUUGGUUGAAAUCGCCGUAUUAAAUAAUGAAACAUACCAGGACAAGGCCUCAACUAUCCACACCGAAAUGAGCAGCCUCAAAGCCACAUUCCAACGAGUAGCAGAUCCAGUUCAGCAACUCCACAAUCGGUUCGUCUUGGAGGAAUCGCUAAGUCGUGAGUGGAUCACUGCUUACCGCGAUCUACGCAGCCCCAACAAAAAUCGUGUCAACGAAAAAGCCAAAUAUCUGGUGGAUCGGCUACGUGACUCGUGGCAGCAUUUGCUACGUGACCGCGCCACUCGAUCGCUCACCUACAAUGAUGAACAAUUCCAUGCCCUCGAGAAAAUCAAAAUCACCGAAACGGGAAAGCGAGUCAAGACGCUCUUGAACGAGGAUGUGCGCCCUGCGGUGGAGCUGGAGGCUGAGUGUCUGGCCGAUUGGUAUAAAAAGGCCCAAACAAUCUUUUUGCAGACGCAGUUUUUGCUCAAGGAUGUCAGCUCUCAUGAGGAGACCCUGUACGAUGUCAGGGUGCGCUUAGUGCAGAUGAAGGAAGAUUUGAAGGAGGACAUCAAGAACGACAGUGAGGUGUCUAAGAUUGCCAACGAGACGAGCGCGAAUGAACAGAAUAUUGAGUAUAUGAAGAAAUCCAAAGAGAUGCAAUGCUAUUUGCGGACGAUGUUUAACUUACAACGGGAAAUCAAGAAAAGUCUUCUGCAAAAUAACGAAAUAGUUGACGAUUUGUGCAAAUUGACAAGCGAACAUCCUUCGAAAGAGGAAAUUUUCGACUGAUUAUUGCAACUCUCUAAAUGCAAUGCACAUUCGUUUGCAUUAUAUUUUAUCCGGAAACUAUAUACAGAUUAAGUAACUACCUUUGGUUAAUUGUAAGUUGUAUCCUUAUUUUAUUCUAUAAUAAAAGUAUUUUACUUUUA